AUGCAAUUGCGUAGUGGUCGUGUUACUGCGUCUAGUGUUAGUACCCUUGCCAUGGACCCUUCCCAUAUUGAAGCUAUCACCCGACAGUUGGCACAAUUACAGAAUCAAUUAACGGCUGUCCAAACUGAGGUAGCCACUAAGCGUGAGGAAAAUAGAGCCCUAACCGCUAGGUUGAACACUCUUGACCCAACCCAAUACACCAUUGAAGCUGAAAACCCUAACCCUUCCAUUAAUAGAUCUCAUCGUCGUCCACAAGGUGAUCGACACCACGCUAGACAUGAUCGUAGGGAGGGAAAUCAAGCUCGUGGACGCGAGUGGGAAUAUUACCGUCAUGGUACACUAUCUCCCCCUCGUCACGAGGAGCGCCUCUUUCGAAAUAUUAAGUUAGAUGCCCCUACAUUUGAUGGUUGUCUCGAUCCUAGUGUAUUCAAUCAAUGGGUUAGAGAUAUGGAUCGCUUCUUUACCUGGUAUGGGGUCCCGGAAGAUCGGAGGGUACAAUUUGCCAGUUUGAAGUUAACUGGCACUGCUGAACUCUUUUGGAAAAGUGUCGAGGACCUCCUGGAGAGGCGUCAUGCUACCCCUGUUGGAAGCUGGGCUGAAAUGAAGCGUCGUCCUCAAGAAAAAUAUUUACCUCAAUCUUACAGGGAUAACUUGCUGGAUCAAUGGAACGUACUUACACAAGGUAGUCGCCCUGUGACCGAAUAUGUUGCUCAGUUUGAUGAGUUUCGAAUGAAAUGUCAGGUCAUUGAGGAUGAAGUCAUGACUUUGAGUAGGUUUAGGCAAGGCCUAAGAGACGAACUUAGGCGUGAGGUUGUCCUUAGAGGCGUCGCCACUCUUGACCACGCCUACUCUUUCGUUCGGGAUUAUGAACUAGUGACUAGGACAUCGUAUAGAAAUCGUAGUGACUCUCGCACUGCAACCUGUUCUGCAUCCACUUCAUCCCCUAAGUCGAUUCUAGGACCUCCUCUUUCUAAUACUACCCCUACAUCAGAUAGCAAAGGUAGAGGUUCUGAGGUUUCAAGGACGCCCUUCUGCUUGCAAUGCUUCAACCAUAAGGGUUUUGGUCACAUUGCUUCUAAGUGUCCUAGCCAAGCCCUAGUUCUAGACGAGCGUGAAGGUAUAGUCGACGAGCCACUAGAGGACCAGGCUAAUCCCCUUAUCCCACAUACGCCUAGAGUUGGUGUCGUCCGUUGCACCCUUACCCAGCCUCGGGAUGUUGAUGAUUGGCGCCGUCAUGCCAUCUUCCACACCUAUAUCAAGAUUAAUAACAAGGGCUAUAAAGUAAUUGUGGAUAGUGGUAGCUGCAUUAAUGCGGUUUCGAUAGCUACUGUAUCCUGUCUAGGGUUGAAGCCAGUUCCUCACCCCCAACCAUACAGCGCCUCUUGGGUUAAUACUUCUUCUAUAGCUGUUAAGGAACGUUGUUUAGUCCCUAUCCAGUUCCUAGAGUAUAAGGACCAUAUAUGGUGUGACGUCAUUUCAAUGGAUGUCGGGCACAUCAUCUUGGGACGACCUUGGUUAUUUGACCUAGAUGUAACCAUAUAUGGCCGAUCCAAUUCCUGCUCCUUCGUGUUUAAUGGAAAGAAAAUUUACUUUAACCCACUGCCCCCAAAGCCGGCUGGCUCACUGAAAUGA